GAUUAUUUAUCAGUGAAUAAUAAACGGACGUUAAUUAAAAGAAGUGUCUUUAACGUUUAAAGUAAAAUGUCCUCAAGCUCCCAUUCUCCACCCCCAAGUGAUCGGUCAGACGAAGAUUCUAAGGACUCAAUUUCAUCUGAAUACGCUGAAACAAGUCAAAUACACAACACCAGCCAUAUAACAUUGGCACAAAAAAGUUUUUACAGAGUUAACUCUUUAACGUCACACGGCGUUGAAGAUAUACUUUCUGAAGGCAAUAGCUACAACACUCAAGAGAAUACCUAUCCGGAUUGUAAAACCGAAGUGCUUUCGUCAAUCUCAAAUCCCUUCGUUCCAGAUUAUAAUUCUAGAGAUUCAACAGGAUUUAGUAUCCAUGACAUACUUGGCCUUCAACAAGCCUACAAUGUGGCCAACGCUCAAGACGAGUUAGAAUCCCGAUACGAGUAUCAAAUACCGAACUAUGACAAUAUAAGUAAUAGUUCUCAAAAUAAUUAUGGUGAAGAGAGAAUUUCUGACCAUAUGAUACCAAAGAGCGCAGAUAUUUUCAACGUAACCGAAUCAGAAAUUCGAAAUGAAGUUGUGUUUCAAAGGAAUUACUCAAAUAACGAAACUAUUUCUUGUCACCAAAGAAGUGAUUUGGACAAUGAUGUUGUAAACAAUGCUGAAAGGGAAGAAAGCGAUAUUAACGAAUCUAGUUUUCCCGGACAGAAUUCUUCUUGGUGUGAAAAAAACUCGCUGAUUAGUAGUCAAGUCAUCAGUACAGCCUCUUCUAUAUCUAACGAUAUGUCUACCGAUUCAUCAUCAUAUCCAAAAGGUUUUACAAAACGAGCACGCACUGCUUACACAAGUUCCCAACUUGUAGAAUUGGAAAAUGAGUUUCAUCAAAAUCGAUACUUGUGUCGUCCUAGGAGAAUAGAAUUGGCCAAUUAUUUGCAGCUUUCGGAACGCCAAAUCAAAAUAUGGUUUCAAAAUAGGAGGAUGAAAUACAAGAAAGAUAAUAAACACAAUAAACCAAGCUCGUCCGUAGACGAUAACAGUCCUACAACAAGUUCUAAGGAAAUGUCUCCAACUCAGGAUCAUAAAUUGAGCCACAGUCGUGGCUGCGGAGGUCAUGAUAGACAUAGACGUUUACUUAACGAAAGCCAUGCAACUCAUCAUAAAAUGUAUCUUCCAACCAACGAAACUAUACCAAGACCUCCCGAUUAUUCUUCAAUUAGUCCGAUUAAAUCAGUUGUUAAACCUGGUUCUCAGAGCACUAUAGAAUUGCCAGCAUAUACACCUAACUUAUCUUACUCGUCCUACUACACAGGAGCAAGCCGGAGCGGUUACUCACCGAUAUCUGAGGUUUAUCGAUACAACAGCGAUGAAUCAUUGCAGCAAACUUCUCACACAUUGUCGUUAUUACAAUCGGAUAGUUACGUACCUAAUGGGAUGAAUCUAAAACUCGCCGAAGACAUGACUCGAUGCCCAACUGGAUCUCCAUAUUAUAACACGCUUUCAAACGGAGUGGUUAUGCAUAUUCCAACUACAGAUGCAUAUGGUUACGCCAGCACUAUUCCCGCUCUUUCAGCAUCUGCUUUCGAAGAUAAUACCGUUCACACAAGAUCAAGCAUAUCUCAAGAUCCUUACUUUGCUUAUUUAUCAUCAGCAGAGACGUCUAAUCAACAAACCUCUUCGACAGCUAACAAGUUUUCUUCGUACAUUUCACUCUAA